AUGGAAUACUAUUAUUACAUUAUAAUAGCAGCAGUUGGUGGCUUUGCAAUAUUGACAUUUAUAAUUAUAGUUGUAUUGCGAUUAAAAAAAUCACAAAAAAUGAGAGAGCCAUUAUUACCAAAAGAAAAAGGAAAUGUUUUUGUUUAUAAAAGAGAUACUCAAGUUCAAGAAAAGGAGGAACAAGUUAUGAUGAAUGCAAGAUUAUAUUUAAGAUCAACAAUUUAUAGUUUACAAGAUAAAAUACCAAAAUUUGGAUCAAGAUCUGAUAAAGUAUAUUUUGGAGUUUUAGGUAAUUCAUUAAAUAAAUUAGAGAAUGAUAGAAUUAUGGCAAUGGUACCAGUUUCAAAACAUUGGCCAAUUCCAUUAAAUUCAGAAGCUGGUAGAACCACAUUUAGAACCAUCAUUAAAUCAUUGGAAAUUCAUCCAUUCAUUAGUGUACCAUUAUUGGUUGAUUUUAUACCAGAGAAACAUGUUGCUGUCUCUGUUAGACCUUUCUAUGCCGAUAGAGGUUCAUUAAGAGAUUUCAUACAUAAAUCAAAACCAAAAAUGCCAUACGCUGAUAAAUAUGAUACUCAUCUUCAAUUAAAUGAAAAAAUAGUUUCAAAAUUUGGUAGACAAAUUUUAGAAGCUUUAAUAUUUUUAAAAAAUCAUAAUUUCCCUUAUUUUCAUUUAAAUUCUGCAAAUGUUUUAGUUGAUGAUCAAAUUUGUUUAAUAAGUGAUUAUGAAAAUUCAUUUUUAGGAUUAGAACCAAGAUUUUCAGAUUUUAUUAGACAACAUAAUGAAAAGAUUGAUCCAGAUGUAUUAUCAUUUGGUUUAGUAUUAUUUGAGAUGGCAUGUGGUUAUGAGAUGGAGAAUCCACAUUCAGUUGAUAUCUCUAUUCCAGCACAUUGCUAUCCAGAAGUUAGAAAAGUAUUAGAAGCAAUUUUUAAACCAUUCUAUGGUACACCAAUUACAUUGGAAGAGUUGAGUAAAAUGGAUUUCUUUUCAUAUCAUAAAUUUAAGAAUUUACCACUUCACAGAUUAACUUAUACUUCAAGAGAACGUGAUAUGAUGGAUGCUGUUAUAAAGUUAAAUAAAACUUUUCUUUCAACAAAUUCAAAACCAAAUUCAAAAGAUUUAUCUCAACCAAAAUUAAAAGAUUUAAAAAAACAAAAAAAGAGAAAACAAUUAGUAUUCACUCAAUCUUUUGAACCUAUUAAAAUGGAGAGUCAAAAUGGUGGUGGUGCUGCUGGCGGUGAAUAUGGAAAUGAGGGUGGUUAUGCAAUUUCAACUUCUUCUUCAUUACCAAGUAAUUUCUUGGCAAAUGUAAAACCUGCAAAUUCAACAUCAUAUUCAUUACUUUCAAAUACUACAACAAAUACAACUAAUACUUCAACAAGUAGUAGUUUAAAUAGUAGUUUCAAUAGUAACGUUUCAACUUCAUAUUCAAAUGCAACAACCACUACAAAUACCACUUCUGCAUCAAGUGUUUCACCACCAAUUUCUUCACCACCUCCACCUCCACCUCCACCACCACCAUCCAAAUCUUCAGGACCACCACCUCCACCACCACCACCACCCAAAUCUUCAGGUCCUCCACCUCCACCACCACCCAAAUCCUCCCCACCACCACCAGCUGAUGGCAGUAGAAAAGGUUUACUAUCCUCAAUUGAAUCUUUUUCUUCUUCAAAAUUAAAAAAAACAAAAACUGUUGAUAAAAGUGGUCCGUUAUUAAAAAAAUCUUAA